CACACGUCUCCACUCGCCUUGCAGCCAUGAACGGCGCCCGCACCCCGCCCGCCUCGCUCUCGCCCGAGCGCCAGCGCAGCGCCGAGCGCGACGCCUCGCCCCUCCGCAGCAGCGGCAGCGGCAGCGGCGGCGGCGGCGGCGGCGCGGACGUGCUCGUCGCGCAAGGCGAGGCACUCGUACAGCCCAUGCCGCUGCCUCACUCGCCCACGCCCACGCCGCCACUCACCGCCUCGCGCCCGCCGUCCGACAUUUCCCUCGCCAGCGACAGCGCCGCGCAGCACGGCGGCGGCGGGCGGCGCCGCGCCUCGCUCACGGCGCGCAACCUCGGGCGCAUCCCCGAUGCCGACGAGGUGGCGCCGGGCAUCCGCCUGCCGGGCAGUCACGACGAAGAUGCGCGCCGCAGAGAUACGCGCGAGAUGGCGCGCCACGACGACGAGGAGCAGCGCGGCAGGAGCGACGGCACGCCGCUGGGAAGCGAGGCGGGCGCCGACGAGGGCGUCGUGGGUCACUAUGGAGAGGGUGGUGCGCCCGUUGGUGAGUGCUUGGCUCACGUUGAGGCUGCAGAGGCAAUGCUUCAGACGGAGAGCGAGACGAGAUGCGCCCUGUUCGAGGGGGGCAGUGCAAGCUCGCGAGAGUGCGAGUGCGAGAGGCUCGCAGGAACGACGCUUUCAAGCCUGCGCGGCUGAGUCGAGUAGUGCCCCCGCCAGUCGGGCGAGGGUUGAAGCGAGGGAGCGAGGGGGGUCAUGGCCCUACAAGUCGCCAUCGCUGCCUCCUCGUAGAACUUGUAGAGCGAAGCUCUGGCGCCGCGAG